GCCGUACGUGCAUUUGCGCGAUCUCGGCCGGUGUAUCUCCCGGCGGAUACGGCUUCGGCGGCGGAGUAAUUGAUGAGCGAAACACAAAAGAGCAGGCAGCUUGUGAUGGCUUUUUAGCGGAGCGUGUGUUGACGAGAUAAACAAGCGGACCGAGACACAACGCCGGCUUUCGAGGUGCGUACAUAACCGAGACAGCCGAAGCCGAACUAUAACCGCUGCUUGUGUCCGUCUGCCAGCAGCAGAGCAGCGAUCAAGCCCCAGCACCACCGAAAAAACGCACUCAAACGAACGCUCUGCUGCGAUGGAGGGUUGCGAAGGCAAGACAGCGGCCGUCGAGACAACGCUUGUGUCCGGGGUGACCGUCCAGGAGGUUGGCCCCAACGGCAACCUCAUGCCAAAGUUCAACACGCCGGUCGACUUCGCUGUCCUCUACGACCCGGAGGGCGCCAGCAUAAGGGUCACGCGAGGUGCAGAGCAAACCGAGCUGAUCGAGUUUCCGGUCACCUUCACGACAGAGUGCUGCAGAAUGGGCGACAGGGGCUACCUCUUCCGCUUGGACAUCGACACGAUUUUGUUUGUAUUCCGGGAUGAAAAAGACGCACGAGCCAUACACAACAGAAUUGCCCGGGUAAAAUCCAACAAAGAAACCAUAUCCGUGUUCAGAGAAAGGACAGACGAGUCGUCAGCAUCCCAGUACUUCCAAUUCUACGGCUACCUUUCGCAACAACAAAAUAUGAUGCAGGACUACGUGCGGACGAGCACCUACCAGCGGGCCUUCCUUGCCAACGAUGUGGACUUUAAAGACAAGAUUGUGCUUGAUGUCGGGGCAGGCUCUGGCAUUCUCUCCUUUUUCGCCGUGCAGGCGGGCGCCAAGAAGGUCUACGCUGUCGAGGCCAGUUCCAUGGCGCAACACGCUAAAAUGGUGGUGGAGGCGAACAAACUGUCGGACGUUAUCGAGGUGCGCGCUGGCAAAAUCGAGGAGCUGGAUAUCCCAGAGCAGGUGGAUGUGAUAAUAUCAGAGCCGAUGGGCUACAUGCUGUACAACGAGCGGAUGCUGGAGACGUACCUGCACGCCAAGAAGUGGCUCAAACCCGGCGGCCACAUGUACCCGAGCCGUGGCGACUUGCACGUGGCGCCCUUCACCGACGACGCCCUCUACAUGGAGCACUUUGCCAAGGCAAACUUCUGGUACCAGCAGAACUUCCACGGCGUCGACCUCAGCAGCCUCCGCAAAGCAGCUAUGAAAGAGUACUACCGACAGCCCAUCGUCGACACCUUCGACUUCCGCAUUUGCAUGGCCAAGUCUGUCCGGCACAUACUUGAUUUUAAGACUGCUCACGAAAAAGAUCUCCAUAAAAUAGAGGUUCCACUCGAAUUCCACCUUCUCCAAUCGGGAACGGUGCACGGGCUGGCCUUUUGGUUUGACGUUGCCUUCGGCGGCUCACAGCAAACGGUGUGGCUGUCGACAGCGCCCACCGAACCCCUGACCCACUGGUAUCAGGUGCGCUGCCUCCUGGAAACGCCUAUUUUCGUCAAACAGGGCCAGCUGCUCACUGGCCGCGUCCUUCUGCUCGCCAACAAGAGACAAAGCUACGACGUGGUGAUCGAACUGUGCGUCGAAGGCACCGGCACCAGGUCUGCCAACACGCUGGACCUGAAGAACCCAUUCUUCCGCUACACCGGCCAAAGUCCGCAGCCUCCAGUCGGCUCCAACACGACCUCACCCAGCGAAAAUAUUUGGGCCCAGCUCGACGCACAAGGCGCCAGACAAGAAAACUUACCAGUAUUUUCCGACGCAGCCGUCAACAUGGUGAACGGCAUCAUGGUGAACGGCUUGGGUGAUGUAUCGAUGGAAACGACACACCAGCCCAACAGCUUGAUUAACAUCGGCAACAACACCGCCUACCUGCACCCUGGCUCCAUCCCCAGCACCGGCCGCCAGAGGGUGUCUCAGGGCACGGCAACCUCAACCCACCAAUCGCAGCUUAUCGGUGGCGGCAUCGCCCCAACUUUAUUCACUACUUCUCAAACACCGACGAUUAGCAUGGGUUCGACGGCAGCUGGUUACCCAAUGCCGAACAUGCUGAUCGGCGACUACACGACGCACCAGGCGGCCAACGUGCUGCUGCCAGACUUCGCGGCCGUCGGGCAGAAUAAUUUGCAGCAGCUGGUCAGCGGUUACCGGCAGUAGCGGGGCCGAGGCGAAAUUCUCCCGUGGGCCACAUGAUUCCAAACUGAGUUUGAAUGUAAGCAAGGCAAUAUUUAUAUAAAGAGAAAUUGCGCAGCUGCGAAACAAAACGACGAGUGUAAAUAGCUGCUUCGGACGCUGGCCUCGCGUAAUUCGUGUAUGCCGAGCCUCACUUUUUAUUUAUUCACACUUGAUUCACAAACACACGACACGACGAGACAGGGCGUUUUUUUCAGACUGGAUGGCUCGUGUGCCAUCUUGAGGUCGUACUCGUGCGACGAAUCGAUGCGUUUCUUCCGUCGAAGAACUUAAAGCUUAAAUUUUGUAUUUAAAUUCAUUUUUAGGUCGUUUAAAUUAAAUUGGCGGAAAGUGUUUUGGUACCACUAUAGUGUCGCUACGUUUUUUGAGACUAGUAUUUUGUAGGCUUUACUUUGUUAGUAGCCGUGAACCGUGACCUUUCCUUUUGCUGCAAUCCUGGCCCUCCCAGAGUUUACCAGUAUGAUAGUUUGCUCACAAUUAUCUUCAAUGUGCAGUAGGAUGAAUCUCGUUUUGCGUUGUCCAAAUUGAACAAAUUAAUACGACACACACAAGUUUUGCACUAAUAUUUGGUGCUGCUCUAAUACACUUUUGGAGAAUCCUCCCUAGUAUUAUUGUACGCCCCCCUUUUUAUCGAACGAAGGAUUUCAUUUUUGUGCAUUUUAGAAUUAAAAAAAAUACUGUACGGCAA